ACUCACACUGACCGUCAUCCUGCUCUCUCUUCCCAAUGGGCAUUGAGUUAUAGUUUUCUGUUGGUGCAGCGCAGUGACAUCAAAGGCAGAGAGUCAUAGACGAGAAGGGGACCUCCAAGUCUUGGAACUUGGAAGCAGUUCAUCCUAGAAAUCAAAGCACAACCGUAGGAGAGGCUCAAACCACACAAGGACCUACCACCGUUCACCAAUCACCACCAUCUUAGGCAAAAACCACUGGAAGCAGUGGUUUUUCCUGACAUUUCGGGUUUUCUGAUGGUGGUCUCCACUGCCAUCGUUGCUUCUAGUUUCACGUCCAUGUGGAAAAAAUGGAGAGUUUUCUACCCCUUUGAUUCAAGGGAUUGAAGUUGGAGAAGAGGAAGAAAGAAGGAAGUACAGGGUAUUUGAGUUGCAGAGGAGUUCGUUGUCUCUCAGAGACAUGAGCAAGAGGAAAGAGGGGUGUGGGAACGUGGUUGGGAACUAUGAGUUGGGAAAAGUUCUUGGAGAAGGGUCAUUUGGGAAGGUGUUCUUGGGGAGGAAUGUGGAGACAGGGGAAAAGAGGGCUAUCAAGGCUCUUUCCAAAGACAAAAUCUUUCGGAACAAAAUGGUUGACCAGAUUAAGAGGGAGAUCUCUACCAUGAAAUUGGUUAAACAUCCAAAUGUUGUUCAACUUUAUGAAGUAAUGGCCAGUAAGAACAAGGUUUACUUCGUGUUAGAGUAUGUCAAAGGAGGAGAAUUGUUCGCCAAAAUAGCAAGGCAUGGAAAACUAAAGGAGGAGGAGGCCAGGAAGUACUUUCAGCAGCUAAUAAAUGCCGUUGAUUAUUGCCACAGCAGGGGUGUUUACCAUAGGGACUUAAAGCUAGAGAACCUUCUGUUGGAUGAAGAUGGCAAUAUUAAAGUAUCUGAUUUUGGUCUAAGUACCUUUUCGCAGCAGGUUAAGGAGGAUGGCCUACUCCAUACUGCCUGCGGGACACCAAAUUAUGUCGCACCAGAGGUUAUUGUGGACAAAGGGUACGAUGGAGCUAAGGCUGAUCUGUGGUCUUGUGGGGUUGUGUUAUAUGUUCUCAUGGCCGGCUAUCUGCCAUUUGAUGAGCCCAAUAUGAUAAAUCUGUAUAAAAAGAUACACAAAGCUGAUUUCAAGUGUCCAGAUUGGUUCUCUGCUGCAGCUAGAAAAUUUAUUCUCAGAAUUCUCGAGCCAAACCCCAAAAUUAGGAUCACAAUUCCUCAAAUAUUUGAAAGUACUUGGUUCAAGAAGGGUUACAAGCCUGCAAAAUUCAAAGAGGAGAAAUGUAAUGACACAGAUGAUCAUGAUCAACUCUUUAUUGAAUCAAAUGAGGUUACUGUAACUGAAAAAGGGGAGCAUAAAGUUUCAAAACCUGCUGUUCUGAAUGCAUUUGAUAUCAUUUCAUUAUCUGAAGGGCUCAACCUAUCAGGCCUUUUUGAGAAAAAACUGGGGGCGAGGCGUGAGAAAAGGUUUACUUCAAAAUGUUCUGCAGCAGAAAUCAUGUCAAAAAUGGAAGAAAAUGCAAAACCACUCGGAUUCAAUGUUAAGAAGUGCGACUACAAGAUGAAACUAGAAGCACAAACUAUGGGGCGCAAAGGUCCUCUGACCAUAUCUACAGAGGUUUUCGAAGUCUCUCCAUUCUUUUCAGUGGUUGAAAUGAGAAAAGCUGGAGGAGAUACGAUUGAGUAUGAUCACUUCUACCAGAACUACUCAACAGCUUUGAAAGAUAUCGUCUGGACAGCAGAAGAGAAGCCUGUUGAUUCUAGUCGAUAACGGGGACCCUGCCUGAUUUUCUUAUUCUUCGUGUAAUUUUGUAAAUAAAAUUUGAAUCAAACAACUUGAUGUAGGAUGGUCGAUUCUCGCAGUGUCAAUAUGUUCAAGUUUUCCUUGUAAAAUCCUGCUAGAUUUCUCAAAUUUUAAACAUUUGUGGUUGCUAAUUACCAAA